UGCAUCGUGCAGCAGUAGCUGCCUGGGCACGGGAAGCUCCCAGAGGGGCACGAAUGCGGGGUGGAGAAGGAGUAAGGAAGCAGAAGCUGUUAAUCCAGGAUUAAAGUGACCAAAUCCUGCUUUUGCUCCCGCUCUUGUUGGCUUCAGAAAGCGGGGAGCUUGCGAUUGCAGGGUCCAUCGCUCAAAGCAGUGCGUUUGCCGUGUGGUGCCCUCGGGAGAGGAUCAUCCUCUCCGGGGCCGGUGGCAGGCCUGCAGGUGUGGCUGUCAGCCUAGAAGCCAGGUCUUGUGUUUAGCAAGAGCUGAAGGCAUUUUGUUUAAUAACCUAGCAUCUCAUAGAAACUAAGAAACCAAAAGGGCCAAAACUGAGGAGGAAGCCAAGGAAAAUGUAACUCCUCGUUCUUAAGUAAUCCUUGACCGACCUUGCGGCAUUUGCAAGUGCCCCACUCUAGCUCCUUCACCUGUAUUUACUUGUAAGGACUUCACAGCAGUCUCUGCUCUACAAUAUCAGAAGAUUCUAAGCCUCUUUCAACUUGCUCAGACUGGGGAAGUGGAAUCGAACAAAGCAAAAUAAUGAGGACAUCAAAUAAGAAAAUGACAAAUUCCGUUUCAAACGAUUCCCCUAAUCCAGUGGAAAGGGAAACCGAUGAGGUGGUUCUAAGGAGAAGGCAAAAACAGAUCAAUUUUGGAAAGAACACCCUUGCAUAUGACAGAUACAUUAAAGAAGUUCCAAAGAAUCAACGAAUACCAGGAGUUCAUCCUAGAACUCCCAACAAAUUUAAGAAGUACAGCCGUAGAUCCUGGGACCAGCAGAUCAGGCUGUGGAAGAUAGCGCUGCAUGCCUGGGAUCCUCCGGAAGAAGAAACCUGGGAUCUGCAGCCAGUUAGUACGGAACCUUCAGGUAGUUCCCAAGAAUGGGUCUACAAAGAUCAGGAUGACUCUGGCUGCCCGGUAUUUGAUGAAAAGCAGAAGAGAAGUGAAUGUGAAGAUCAAUGCGAACAGACAGACUAUGCACCAGAGAGUCCCUGUUCUCCUGAUUCUUCUCCAGUAUGGAAACGCAGAAAACGAAAUAAUCCUGACUCCUCUACGGGCUCAAAGGGCAAAAACCAUUAUGUGCAUAUGUACCACACGCUGGAAGGUCUUACUGAAUCAGGACAUCAGGAGGCUUUUUCAAAAUGUUCAGAGUGGGGAACCUCAGGUGAAAAUGAUGAAAUAAUGACAGUACAACAUGAUAUAGAAGUAACAAGUGACCAGGUUCCAGCCAGUUGUUCUUUGGGAUGGAACAAUCAGAAACAGAAAAAAUCCAGCCUUCUGCAGGACAGCAAAACAUGUAGAGACUCAGACUGCAGGCUAGAGAGGCUUAAACUUUGCAGCAGUUUAUUGGAAGGACAUCAGUCAGAAUACACUGAGAAGGGAUUGCGAAGUGCAGGCGUUGAAGAUGAAAUAAUAAGGAAAAAAAUCUAAACUGCAAGUCUUUCUUUGUAUAGAAGUAUCAAAGAAGAAAGAUUUUUCUCCUGUGACACAAUGAUUUGAAGGAUAGGGAUAUAUUCUGGGAUCAGCAAAUCAAACCUUGGAAGACUGGUGCAGCCUCGUAACUUCUGCACUGAAAGAGGAAGAGAUUUACAGUCAGCAUAUGUGUAAUCAGCAGAAGGUGAAAUGUGCAGGUUUCUCUAGAGCUUUAAGGAUGGAUAGGCUUCUGCAAGCUUUGCCCCAAAUGUAAAACUUUGGAUUUCAUUAAGCCUGGGCUAAGAUGAUGGACAUUCCCUAAAGCUUUUGUGAGAAUGUUUCUGCUUCAUCUGAGUUGGCAGAUGCUGUGUGUGUCAUAUUGUACAGGCUACUUCAGUUUUUGGAUCCUGCUGUUGCCAUUUGGAGAUCAUGCUACUUACAGUGCACUAACGUUAUGCUGGUGUAUUGGUCCAAUAUUGAGUUGGAGUGAAGAAUGGCAACUCUUAAACCAAGGAGUUAAGCCCUUUUUCCUGCACUGGACCAGAAUUAUAUAUCCAGCCUGAAGAACUGCUUCAGAAGAAUGUAGAUAAUUCCACCUUUUUGUCCAAUUGUUGAAGACAAACUACUACUACAUUUUGGAUGGGGUGUUCAUCCAGUUGGUUUAUUUUCCAUUCUCAGAUAAUGUAUAUUAAGGUAGCAUCUGCCUAAUCGUAGUGAGACAAGAGAAAAUGAAAGGUUUAUCAAAAUCAACCCCAUCUCUUUGAGGGGAUGAGUGACUUAACAGCAGCACAGCUUGAGUACCUGGAUUUUACUUUUAUGCCUGUUACAGCCAGAGGGCCAAGCUGCUGCCAAAAGUAGGGGAGGAUGAAUUCAGUAGAUGCUGUUGCUACAGACAUAAAGGAAAGCAGCACUGUUUGCAGGCUUGGAGCAGGUAACUGCUCCUGGGUGUGGGGUGUCCUGGCUGAGGGCUACUAUGGGCACCCUCAUCUUAUCUUUCUAGCAUUGUGCUCAGAUGCUCAAAGUGAGUGCUCUGGCUACAGUGGAGUUUAGACUAGAUUCAUGUGUUACAAGAAACUUUUACAGUCCUUAUUUUUUUUUUUGUUUUUCUUAAUGUAGAAUGUACUAAAACAGGAAUGUCUGUUAACACUGGGAAUUCUCAUUGCAGUAAUUUAGCUUUGCCAUUGCUGCACUUUGUCUCCUUGCAAGACCACUGCAGAAGCUGUAGCAGCGCCAGUGACAACACACAGCGGUCUUGCUGUGGGACCAGCAGUGUACCCAAGGGCCAAAAGACUGUUACACUGUUGAGGUCAAAGCAAGUUGCUUCCUGAGAAACUACUCCCGGUGUCUCCCAAAACAUAACUUCUACUUGUGUUGCUCAGACCUUUUCCAAGUGAGUUUUGAAGAACUGCUGUGAUGGUGUGGGUUUCCAGACAUGUUACGAAUCGUCCAACACAUGAAGAAAACAACACUAUAUAAAACACUGUUGCAGCAUGCAGGAGCGGUAGCUCGCCUUCACCAAGGACUGCCAUACGUGCAGAAAUUCAUGACUGCAGUUAACCAGCACAGAUUUGACAGUUCCCAAGGAAGAUCAAAAUUUCUGAGUAUUUAGGGGGGGGAAUGUGUGCUACUGCUCUAACAGAAACGUUAGCCCUACUUACAGGUACCACUCAAUAGUAAGAAUAUCCUUUUUGCUGUGUGUGCUCUGCUUACACAAACACAGUAGGAGAGCAAGGCCUCUGACUGAAAGUCAAGUCAGCUAAUGCAUUGUGAGGGUGAGAACUGCCUGCAGUUUGGUGACUUCUAUCCUAGACACUUCCUGCAGCUCUCGGCACUUGUCCAACCUCGCCUAGGCAUCGUGUUCAGUAGUGUGGCAGCACAGCGGUGGCUCACUUGUGUGCCACAAAGACUUCAGAGCAUGGAAUGUGUGUAUACAAGGAACAGAUCUGUACAGCACCUCUUAAAAAGUAAUAUGUAGAGCCUUGUAGUUCCAGUGUGCAUGUUUCCAUGUGUUGUAUGAUGUUUGUAAAUAAAGAAAUGUUUUAAAUCUUU